CUUAUCAGGGUAGUCCAAUUCCUUAUUGUGUGCUUGUCUAUAUUGUGCUUACACUGCUUAGUAUGCUUACAAUAUUGGAAAUCGUAUAUUUUGCUACUUGCUAGUUUAUAGACAAAACUCAAAAGUUGGAAUAAUUAAAAAUCCUGUUUGGUUACAUUGGACGUGACGUGCAAGCUACUUUGGAAUUACAAUGAUUAUUACUUAAAAGCUGUUAAAUAGGUGUUGAAUAAUAUCAAUAUAAUUUAUUUGGUAUCAAAGUACAACUUAGUGCAAAUAUAUAUUAUCAAUGGCUAAGGCGACGAAUAAGAUUUUACUGGGUUUCGUGGACGAACCGAUUACUGACAAUAAUUCUGACGAUUCAUACACGAUCAAUAAAAUUGGAGGAUUGCCCGAUUCAUCGAAUCAGGUUACUUUGCCUGAGUGUUCUCUGUGCGGUUUUCAAACGCCUCUCUUAGCUCAGAUCUACGCACCCCUUACCAAUUCUAAAUAUCAUCGAACGUUGUAUAUACACGCUUGUGUAAAUCCUGCGUGCUGGAACAAAUCCGAAAGUUGGCACUGCUUGAGAAGACAAUGGGUGGCUUUGGACAGCGAUGUCGAAACCAAACAAACUUCGACAUUUAUUGAGUGGUGCGACGAUGCAGAUGAUUGGGGCGACACACCUAUAGUCGAAGAAAAUGGAAACGUCAACGGUGUAAGUCAAGCAGCAGUUGAAUCAUGUGCAACGGCGAGUGCGGAAUUAGAAACUCCUGAUGGAGAUAACAAUGUCGUAGUCGAGAGUAUAGAAACUCCAGUCGUCGACGUUCUCCAGUUAUUGGAUACCAGAAAAGAAAUACCGGUUGCGUUCCACAAUGAUGUAAUGCAAUUUGAGCCUUUUUACAUAUCGGUGGCUUUUGAAGAAUCGACAGACACAAAGAAAGCAUUGACGGAAAAUACUUCAAAUAGUAUAAAAAAUAGUCAUAUGCUUGUCGAAGACAACAAUGAAGGAUACGAGAAAAGUGUACCCAUACACGGUGACAAAUUAUUUGAGUCGUUUUCUUCUGCAAUAAGAAAAACUCCUGGUCAAGUAUUAAGGUAUUGUCGAGAUGGAGGAAAACCAUUAUUUUUAUACGAACAAGAGGAACCACUGAAAUGUCGAAAUUGCCAGGGAAAAUUGAAGUUUGAACUACAAAUCCUUCCGUCGUUGAUUACGUAUUUAAAACUUAUGAUCGGAAAAGACCAACACGGGAGUGGCCACUUGGAAUUUGGAACUGCUUUAGUAUACACUUGUGAAAAAAGCUGUUGGACAGAAACAACGGAUACAUUUAAAUACGAAACAAUUUUAGUUCAAGAAGAAAAACUCUUUUAAACCUUGUUUCAGUUUGUUCCUAGUUACUAUUAUAGCACUAAUGAAACGUGAUAUUUCUAUAGCAUAAGUUAUUGAUUAAAAUAGGCACUAGCGUCCUAACUUUUUUAUUGUUGUUUAUUUGUUGCAGUUACUUAUGAAAUAUAUAAAUUAUGAAAAAAAGCAUAAAGUCAUUUUUUUACACCGUGAGUGAUUUAUUAUCUAAACAAAUUGUUUCACAGAAAAAAUAAUAUAGUAUUUCUAGAUAAUAAAUAUUGCCAAGUGACAAGAGACGAUUCUCCUAAUCAUUUCUUGAAACAUAACCGACUGUCGGAGAAAAACAUCAGCUAUGCUUUUGCAAUGUUGUUACACUAAACAAAGUACAAAACGACCAUUCGCCUGUUUAAUUUGUCAUCUAGAAUAAUUUUACACCGAGAUAUUUUUAUUUUAUUUUAAAGAAGUCGAUUAAAAUUGUACUUAGUUAAAAUGAUGAAUCGUAUAACUCGAAAGUAUAUUUUUAGUAACAAUCGCAUGUUAUUAUAUCAAUUUUCUUUUUUUAUUUAAA